GGCCGGGCUGAUCCCCUCCCCGCUGCCGCCUCCUCCUGGGCUGGGCCCGCGGUGUCUCGUCCCCUCGCGGAGCCGCUCCUGCCGCCGCCGCCGCCGCCUCCUCAUUCAUCCUCGUGCACCAUAGGCGGCACAGGCACCAAGAUGUCCAACCGAGUGGUCUGCCGGGAAGCCAGUCACGCCGGGAGCUGGUACACAGCCUCAGGACCGCAACUGAAUGCACAGCUAGAAGGUUGGCUUUCACAAGUACAGUCCACAAAAAGACCUGCUAGAGCCAUUAUUGCACCCCAUGCAGGGUAUACGUACUGUGGGUCUUGUGCUGCUCAUGCUUACAAACAAGUGGAUCCAUCUAUUACCCGGAGAAUUUUCAUCCUUGGGCCUUCUCAUCAUGUGCCCCUUUCUCGAUGUGCACUUUCCAGUGUGGAUAUAUAUAGGACACCUCUGUAUGACCUUCGUAUUGACCAAAAGAUUUACGGAGAACUGUGGAAGACAGGAAUGUUUGAACGAAUGUCUCUGCAGACAGAUGAAGAUGAACACAGUAUUGAAAUGCAUUUGCCUUAUACAGCUAAAGCCAUGGAAAGCCAUAAGGAUGAGUUUACCAUUAUUCCUGUAUUGGUUGGAGCUCUGAGUGAGUCAAAAGAACAGGAAUUCGGAAAACUCUUCAGUAAAUAUCUAGCGGAUCCUAGUAAUCUCUUUGUGGUUUCUUCUGAUUUCUGCCAUUGGGGUCAAAGGUUCCGUUACAGUUACUAUGAUGAAUCCCAGGGGGAGAUUUAUAGAUCCAUUGAACAUCUAGAUAAAAUGGGUAUGAGUAUUAUAGAACAAUUAGACCCUGUAUCUUUUAGCAAUUACUUGAAGAAAUACCAUAAUACUAUAUGUGGAAGACAUCCCAUUGGGGUGUUAUUAAAUGCUAUCACAGAGCUGCAGAAGAAUGGAAUGAAUAUGAGCUUUUCCUUUUUGAAUUAUGCCCAGUCAAGCCAGUGUCGAAACUGGCAAGACAGUUCAGUGAGUUAUGCAGCUGGAGCACUCACGGUUCACUGAAGCUCUGAAUCCUCAGGGAUGCCACCUGCACAUACUCAUACUCUGUCCAGGGUCCCAGCCUAACCCUUACCAAGAUACCGGUCCUGGUUUGGGGGGAUUCUGAAACCUCAAACUAAUAGAACUUUCUUCUCUUCUUUUCUAGUAGGUGUAGUCCUUCCUUAAUUUCAACUCAUUAAAAAAAUGCUUUAUAGUUUAGAGCAGUGGAAGGAAGGCUGGCAUCAAAAUAUUUUGAUCAAAAAAAAAAAAAAGGCAAUGUAAAGGCACAGUUGUGGCAGUCAGUUUUUUGAAAGUAACUUGUAAAGCAUUUACCAUAUCCUAAAUUUGCACUCUUUGCAGACUUGUGCACAUAUACUCCGCUUUCAGAAUAGUUUUGCAAAUUGUACACAAACAAACAAAAAGGGUGGAAGCUUUUUAAUAAAGAAAUUGCAUUUAUAAAUGAUCUGUAUUAGAAUAUAAAAAUCUCCAGUUAUAGUCAAUUACUACCCGUGUUGUACAACAGAUACCUUCUAUUUUAGUUGCUAAUAAAGGGCUACACAACU